GACGUGAACAUCUUGCGGGCGUCCUGUUCUUUAGCAUUCGCGUGUGUAUCAUGAUCGGCCUCUGUUUUCAGCCCUUAUGUUCGCGGUAGCUUGUUUCUCGUCGGUGUAUCUUGCAACAGCGGAACGCCUAGGAGAAGGGGAAGGUUCUCUGGGCGGAAGUCCGCAGGCCCUGCCCAAGUGCCCAUCACUUCCAGUCAUCCCUGCUUACUUCGCACGCCCAACGUUCUGAGCUGCGUCAAGACCUCUGAAGCCAGAAAGGGAUGUUAUCACGUAUGCCGUACCGGAUCCAGCAGGCAACCUAAGAGUGUCCUCCACUGUAAGGCAAUGCGUACUCCAAGCCGUUAUGUGGUCAUCCGGGUCCGGGACAGCGCCCUCGUGUGCUCUCUCUCCCAGCGUCGCAUGCAGACACAUGUGUAAAAUGUGCUCCGUCUUCUGUGGCUGUUCGAGGAAAUGUUUUAACUUCCCCAAAGUAGGGAGCCUGUUAUUAUGACGGUCCACAAAUCUUAGUGAGUGCAUGCUGGCAGGAAACUGCCUCGAUCUGCCAGUUGUCCGAAUCAACACCCCGCACACAGAGGGGGGGGGGCGGAGUGGGGGGGCAACGUCAUGCCUCGUAACGCUUACCGCUUCUUAAGCCGGAAUUGAAACCCCUAUUCUAGUGAAUGUCACACGUCUAUUAGUGUCGCGCUCGUGAUUGGUUUAAGCUGGAUAAAGAAGAGUCAACGGUGAAGUGACGGUUGUGUUACGCCGAAGGGCAUGGUUCCUUCGUUUCACCAAACCUGCGAGUACUCGCCUCCAAUAGGUUUGGUUCCCUCCUACUCGCCAUUAAUAUUAUUGUGCAACACCUCCUGAAAAGGUCACUGAGUUUUGUGAAAAGUGAGCGCAUUGGUUUCACAGACGGCGGCUUUUUCUGGGAUGAUGGAGCAGAGCGACGGAGCCAGCGCCUGGAUGGAGGAAAUCACCUUGCGUACACAUCGGUGCGGCUAGCUACGCUCGCGCGUCUUGUUAACAUGUUUCUCUUCCAGUUUUUUGCGCGCCUUAUCGUAAUUACAACUUACCAGUGAACAAACAGUGGGCACAUGAGCCUCGUGAUUCGCAGGUCAAGCCAGUUCACCCGUGAGUCACAGGCAUGCACUGCGUCAAUCAUAGCUGGGCAAUCCGACAGCUGAACGUGUUCAUAAUUUUGAGCGGAUUGUUCUUGGUUGGGUCAUGCUCACAUGGAUAUUCUGAACUCUUAUUUUACGAAACUGUGCUGUUCUGCUUCACUUGUUUUCGUCGGCAUUGGCUUCCUCGAAAAGCCAUUGUUCCGAAACGUGUUUGAGUGGCAUCUGGAUUAAGCUUUGUGAACCCUGCUCAUCAUUGUCGCCUUGCCGAAGACAGAGUCACUUUCUUCGUGUUUCGAGUUUAGAUUACUGAGCAAGAUGCAAGUCACCACAUUUCUCCAGACUGUCAUAUUCCUCCCUGUGGGAAGUUUUCUUCUUCUCACAUCUCUUCUCGGCGUUAGGAUUCUCAAUUCGCUAACGAGCCGCAUAUGCCGGCAGACGAUAUCGUUAGGCUACAUAAAUCUCCGGCUUGUAUCUCUCAUUCUUCUGAUUAGUGUGUCCUUCUUCGCUCGAGAGCAGGCGGUUCUAACGCGUAUAUAUACGUCACCGGCCUAUGCACAGUACUGCGGAACAGCCGAACCAGGCAAUCCAUUCCCCCCUGAUUCAAGGAAAGAUCCAGUUACUGCCGCGGCGUCAGCGGCUGCUGCCCAAGCAGCGGCUGCUGCUCUUUCCGGCGGAGAAGCAGGUCUGCAGUGUAUGGCGUACAAACUCCGCCAUGAGAGGAAUUGGUGGUUAUCUCUUCUAAGUCUAACUGUUUGGCUUCUUCUGUGGAGAGUGACUGCUAUGGUAGCACAUUAUGAUACACAGCUGUUGACGCUCGAAGAUGAGAGAGUGCAUGAGCUGUCAGUCCUGGAAAGCACGAAAGGCGGGGGGCUGAAUAAGGGCGGCGUGUCAUCAGAUCGGGGCGCUCAGGGCGAGAACAAAUCGUAGGAAGAGAAGUUCUUCCUUUCAAGACGUGAAUGUCGGCAUCAAGCAGAACCUUUUCCCAACACUUCGUAGAAUAGCUGCAAGCACUCGAGCCACGGACAGCAGAGAACUGACAUGGUGUUGAUUUUUGAAAACGGAGGGACAUGCGUUACAGGGAAAGACCUGGAAAGGGAGCGGAACCUCGUCGACGAGAAAGUGUAGAGCAGGAAUGGUGGUGCAAGCUCAAGCAGUGUCCGUUUUUGGGAACGUUAUGAAAGCGCUCAAAGCAAACCCGAAGAAGACAGAGGAAACACGGUUAUGUCGGACACUGUAAGAAUGCGUGCAGGCCAGUGGUCUAGUAACAGGUGGUUAUGCAAGCCUCGCACGACAGGAAUAAGCGCGGUUUUCCGAAGAAUAUGUAACGUGACUUUUUCCUAUAUUGCUACGCGUGGGAAAGACGUGUUAAUAGUCAAAGUAUCGUGCGGAUACUUGCGAUUUGCGGGUGAACUGAGUUCGUGAGUAGAUAUUUCCCGUGUAGCCGGGAGCCUCGUGUUGGUGCUGCUGCCCUCCCCACAUUUUCUUGCCACUUCGGAAGCAGCGCGAGGGACAUGAGGACCCAAGAACUGUGAAGAAGCGACCCGGUUGUGUGAUUGCAAUGCGCACCCGUCGGCUGAUUCCUUGCGUCAAUUGCCAAUGUUUACUCACC